AUCCUCUUUUCAUUUGAAGCGAUUCUCGAUUCACUCAUAAAUUUUAUUAUUAUAAAAUUAGAUCGUGCCGAGCCCAUUUGUUGAUGAUCAAACGUCAAUUUUAGCACGAUGUCGUUUUCUAAACGGAUCCUCUGCCCAUAGCGUAAUUUGAUUAAUAGUUUUAGCUGCACACGCAUUGCUUCGUUUAAGCUUCAGCUGCUUGCUUCGUUUCCUUUUCGUAUAAGAAAUAAAGGUUUACUAAUUUGAGUUUCUUCAAACCCCUUUUUCCCAUCUCUUCGCAUUUUUGUCGAGUGGGUGGGAUUUUAAAUUGAUUUGAGGGCGACCCUUUUGAAGAUUUAUCAAGAGGGGCCGUCAAAGAUUCAAUCUUGAUUUGUGGGUCCUUCGCGAUCUGGGCGGCUUUGUGUUCGAAUUUGGUGUUGGAGAGUUCAAAUUCAAGAUAGGGCUUUAGGGGUUAACUUGCCUCUUGUUUGGCUGAAGAAAAAUGGAUAUCAGUAAUGAGGCUAGGGUUGAUUCAUUCUCGAUUGGGCCGUCUACGCUUUUUGGCCGGACCGUUGCUUUUAGGGUGUUGUUCUGCAAUUCUAUGUCACAUUUGAGGCAUCAAAUAUUUGGGAUGUUGUUGAUGUACAUUUACAAGUUCAAGAAUUGUUUGAGGGACUACUUAUCCCCUGUGAUCUCAUGGCUCCAUCCGAGGAAUCCACAAGGGAUUCUCGUGAUGGUGACGAUGAUCGCCUUCUUGUUGAAACGCUACACGAAUGUUAAGAUGAGGGCGGAGAUGGCUUAUAAGAGGAAGUUUUGGAGGAAUAUGAUGAGGGGUGCGAAUAACUAUGAUGAGUGGGCUCAUGCAGCUAAAAUGAUAGAUAAAGAGACUCUUAAGAUGAAUGAAUCUGAUCUCUAUGAUGAGGAGCUUGUGAGGAAUAAGCUUCAAGAGCUUCGCCAUCGUCGCCAGGAGGGCUCUCUUAGGGAUAUUAUAUUCUGUAUGAGGGCUGACUUGGUUAGAAAUCUUGGCAAUAUGUGCAAUCCAGAGCUCCACAAGGGGAGGCUCCACGUGCCGAGACUCAUAAAGGAGUACAUAGAUGAGGUCACGACACAGUUGAGAAUGGUGUGCGACUCUGAUUCCGAGGAGCUUCUGUUGGAGGAGAAGCUCGCCUUUAUGCAUGAAACGAGGCAUGCCUUUGGUAGGACUGCUUUGCUUUUAAGUGGAGGCGCUUCAUUGGGAGCUUUUCAUGUUGGGGUAGUAAAAACAUUGGUAGAACAUAAGCUUUUGCCUCGGAUAAUUGCUGGUUCUAGUGUGGGGUCCAUAAUGUGCUCUGUUGUUGCAACUAGGUCUUGGCCUGAGCUACAGAGUUUCUUUGAGGAUUCCUGGCAUUCGAUUCAGUUUUUCGACCAGAUGGGUGGGAUUUUCACCGUUUUCAAGAGGGUCAUGACGCAGGGCGCGGUUCAUGAGAUUAGACAGUUGCAGGUGAUGUUGAGGCACCUUACAAAUAAUCUAACUUUCCAGGAAGCUUACGAUAUGACCGGGCGCAUCUUAGGGAUCACGGUCUGUUCCCCGAGGAAGCACGAACCUCCGAGAUGCCUCAAUUACCUGACUUCACCUCAUGUGGUCAUUUGGAGUGCCGUGACUGCUUCUUGUGCCUUUCCUGGUCUUUUUGAGGCUCAAGAGCUUAUGGCAAAGGAUAGAAUCGGGGACAUUGUGCCUUUUCACCCUCCGUUUCAGCUGGGGCGGGAAGAGGCUUCCAGCACAUCUUCACGUCGUUGGAGAGAUGGUAGCUUGGAGAUUGAUCUGCCAAUGAUGCAGUUGAAAGAACUUUUCAAUGUAAAUCAUUUCAUAGUGAGCCAGGCAAACCCUCAUAUUGUGCCUUUAUUGAGGCUCAAGGAGCUUGUUCGAGCAUAUGGAGGCAACUUUGCUGCAAAGCUUGCUCAUCUAGCUGAGAUGGAGGUAAAACACAGAUGCAACCAAAUAUUGGAACUUGGUUUUCCAUUGGGGGGACUUGCCAAGCUCUUUGCUCAAGAUUGGGAGGGCGAUGUCACUGUCGUGAUGCCUGCUACUUUAGCACAGCUAUCAAAGAUAAUACAGAAUCCAUCAUAUGUAGAGCUUCAGAAAUCAGCAAACCAGGGGAGGAGAUGCACUUGGGAGAAGCUGUCGACGAUCAAGGCUAAUUGUGGGAUAGAACUCGCCCUAGAUGAGUGUGUCGCGAUUCUCAACCACAUGCGUAGAUUGAAGAGGAGCGCAGAGAGGGCUGCGGCGGCAGCUUCGUCUCACAGCAUGCCUCUUCCUUCCACAGUGAGGUUCAACGCGUCGAAGAGGAUUCCUUCUUGGAACGUCAUUGCUCGAGAGAACUCGACUGGGUCUCUGGAGGAAGACCUACUCGCAGAGGCCGCAUCCUCUCUUCACCAGGGUGCGGGCAGCUCGGCUGGGCAAGCCUCGAGGAAUCUACGGAGUUACCGGUACAUGCACGACGGGAGCGACAGCGAGUCCGAGACUGCUGAUCUGAAUUCUUGGACGAGAUCGGGUGGCCCGCUGAUGAGGACUACUUCAGCCGAUCAAUUUGUCGAUUUCGUACAGAAUCUCGAGAUCGAUACCAGAAUGAACAGAGGUGCGAUGGGACACUUGAGCAGUGCCGGGAUCCAGCCAGCGGUGCGCGAUCAGGUGCAUCACGGCCUGAGGGUCACGACACCAGAUAGGACAUCGUCAGACACAGAGUACGAUCAGUCUGGCAGCCGGACACCGACUCCUGUAGGGAGUUCGAGCAUCAUGGUGGCGGAAGGUGAUCUUCUGCAGCCCGAACGAAUCCAGAACGGUAUAGUGUUCAACGUCGUGAGGAAGGAGGUGCUGACCCCAUCAAGCAGGAGCAUCGAGUCGCCCUCUGAGCAAAACAGCUCCACUCACGAGUCGGUCGCUGAGUGUGUGCAGCUCGACUGCCCGGAAAAGGAGAUGGACGCCACCUCCAUCUCCGAGAGUGGAGACGAUGUGAGGGAAGACAUUUGUGUCGCGGGAGAUAUCUCGGAUUGCGUCCCGGAAAAUCCUUCCGGUGAUGAUAUAUGCGAUAAGCACGUUACUGGGGGCGAGUAGAAUGGCGUUUGCUAACUGAGCAAAAAAGAUAAAGGGUAAUCAGCUUUAUGUAAUCAAGUAUCAUUACAUGCUGUGUAAUAUCUGAAUCUUUCAAAUGAGGCAAGUUAUCGACAUAUUUACAGUCCAA